AGGCACAUCUCUGAGGCAAAAUAAAACCCGCAGAUUCUAGGGGUUCUGGCUCCUCUGUUCUUCACCCAGGAACUCUGCCCCCCUCUGCUAUCCCAAACCAAGAAGGCAUGAGCAGAGCCAUUCUCACCUUUCCUUCCAGCCCAGAAGGUAUUCUGCAGGGAGAGUAGCCCCCGGGUCAGGGCUUAAGUCUAGCCUCCUGGCCUAAUUCUGAGGUUUUCCUUCUGGGAUGGCUAAAGCCGCUGUAAGCGGAUGAUCCUCCCCACGCAUUGUAAGCCCCUGGGGCCCUUGGCCUCACCCAGAGGAAGCCAGGAGGUGGGGGUUGCUGUGGACUCCAUCUUUCUCCUGCCCGAGGGCCAGACGCUGCCAGGGUGAUGAGUGUGUCCUCACUGGGGAGGAAGGAAGGAUGGGAACACUGAUGUGGCAGGAAGAUUUCAUCACUUCCUCCUCCCCUGCAAUUGGAAAUAUCUUACCCACCCCUGCCCGGAGCUGGGAGGAGGGGCUGGAGGACAACCAGGGUGGGUGGGAGGGGAGCAGGGUUGCUGGCCUGGGCCGGGCACCUGAUCGUGUGCUGGCCCCUUCAGUCCCUGUGAAGCAGGGCACCUGCGAGGUGAUUGCCGCUCACCGCUGCUGUAACCGGAACCGCAUCGAGGAGCGCUCCCAGACUGUCAAAUGCUCUUGCUUCUCUGGCCAGGUGGCUGGCACCACCCGGGCAAAGCCCUCCUGCGUGGAUGCCUCCAUCGUCCUGCAGAAGUGGUGGUGUCAGAUGGAGCCCUGCCUGCCGGGGGAGGAGUGUAAAGUGCUCCCGGACCUGUCGGGAUGGAGCUGCAGUAGUGGACACAAAGUCAAAACCACCAAGGUCACACGAUAGCUCUUGGGGUCAUGACCUGACAGCUUGAUUAAGCCACCAACUGGAGAAUGGUGUCCAGUUAUCAGCUGACAAAUAUGGAGAUUCACUUACCUGGACCCACGCCCUGUGCCAAGUGCAGCAGCACUGUUUCCAGAGGCAUUGCAGUUAAGUUUCUCAGCAGAUACGAACCUCAUAUCUCCAGGCCCAUCUCCAGCCAUGUACCUGUGGUGCUGGGCUCUCCCUGGGGGGCACGGAAGAAGGUCAAGAUACAAUCCCUACCCUUAGGGAAUGUUCAGUCAAGUUGAAGAGCUGACGAAAGGCAAUCUAGAUAAUUUAGAUAAGUGUGUGGCAUCCGACCGGUUUCUGGACCAUAUGCUGUGAGCGUGUUGGGGAUUUGGGGAGGAGACUCCUACAGCUUUUUAGCCACUCUCUGGCCAGAGGGCACAAAGACGAGAGGUCAUAUUCACCACCCACUUCUUCCCUCCCUCGCGUCAAUCCGAAUCCCCAGCAAGCUGCUGACGUACUAAAGGAAAACACUCGCCCCUGAUGCCAGACCAGCCGUAUCUCAUUUGGAUGGGACUGAAUUGACUUGAGGAAGGAAAGCAGAGAUGAAGCCAAACAACCUUCCAGAAAAGCUUCUGCAGAGGCCUUGCCUGCUUUGGACACACCGGGUACGGGCUGGACAGGACUGUAAAAUCACCCCCACCCAAGCACCCCAGGUUUUUGUCUGUUUGCUUGUUUUAACAAAUGAGGAAACUGAGUCCCAGAGGAAUGAGGUGACUUGCCCAAGGUGUUACAGCUUGGGGUCCCAAAUCUCUGAGACCGUUGAAUUUUCACUUGGCCUGGUUGAUGGGAUUCCAGCUUGAACCUUCCACACUGUUUUUAUCUUAAGAACAGGAACCUGCAAAGAACUGGCUGGACAGUGCAAUGAUUUUGAGCAGGAUCUUUUAUGAAGGUCACUCCUAUCUGAAAUAGUCCAGAAUACCUACCCACCAGGAGGCAGGGCCACUGGAUAUCCACUCCGCCCUCAGCCCCGAAACUUCGAAACAGACCCCCUGACACCCAGAGAUCAGUCAGCCCAGUUACAGCUGAGCACUCUGAGCUGGCAGCCUCCUUGUCAACUCUAGCCCAUCUCUGCCGGAGUCCUUAGGCUGUACCUCUCAGAGGCUCUGGCUCCAAGAGAGGGUCUGGGUGGCGUCCAGGGCUGGUCAGAUUCCUCUUCCUUCAAAGGCCCUGCUGGGCUGAAUGGAGCCUCUGCCCAGGACUGAAGGUCAGCCAGUCAGGCUGGCACCCUAGGUGGUUUGUGGAUGACACACAGGCCUCAGGGACUCAGAGAGACGAGUUACUUAGAUGUCUCAUCAGGAAGAGAAUUACAGCCUCAGCGUCUGCUGGCAUCAGCUGGGAUCAGCUAGGAUCAGCUGGGAUCGCCAGGAUUGCAGGGUGUGAUGGGGCCUUGAGGGGAGGGGCAUCAAUAGAGACCAGCUGGGACCGUGCUGAAUUCUGACCCUCAGAGAAGACAGAUCAGAUGAUGGGUUGAGGCUGAGUCUCCAUCCUUCCCUGCUUCUCUCCCUCCCUCCCCAUGCAGUAGAAUCAAGACUGUUCACCCCACUUCAGAGUGUAUCUUCUUGUUUGCCUUUUUGUUGUUUUUGGUAAUGGGGUGAACAGUGACUAGACUGUAGAUGUCAGAACUCUGACAACUUCGAAUCUCUGCACAUAGUGGGGUCACAGGGUGGGGUAGUCAAGGAGUAGGUCAAAGGUAAUCAUCACCUCCUUCAAGGUUGGGGAAGGGAUUAAGGGAUUGGUACAUUUUCUGGAAAGGAUAGUAAAAUAUUUGCAGGCCACAAACAGUCUCCGUGGCAUAUUCUGCUCUGCUUUUGUUGUUGUUUAUUUUGUUUCAUGUUGUUUUUAAAAAACCUUUUAAAAUGUACAAACCAUUCUUAGCUCAAGGGCUGUACAAAACCAGGCCCCAGGCAAUUUUUGGAAGGCUGCCAACCCUGGUGAAGCUUUGAAGGCAGGCCAUCUCUGCAGCUUGGGUCUGCCUGCCUGCCUUCAGUGCAGUGGGAACCUGAGCAUGAGGGCUGGGUCAGGUUUUGUUUUUCUUCUAAUGUUCCUUGAGAGAUUGGUGAGUGAAUUAUUUAGGCUACAAAUAAGACAGCUUUAGCAGAGUCAGACAAUAAGAGCCUGCUCUCCUCAAGGCCAGGAUGCGGGAUUCUCUGCUCCCUCUGCAUCCCUUGAGACUGUGUCCAGGAGGGAGGGAGAGGGCUCCAGCCCCCUACGCAUCUGCUGCAUCCACAGCCACGGGGCUGUGACCUGGGGGAUGAUGCUGUAUAAACUCCCCCCAAGCUGCCAACCACUGCCAGCCCCUGCCUCAGCCAGGCUCCUUGAUCCUCCCUGACCUCCCUCAUCCCUGCUUCAGAGAAGGCUUCUUUCCUUUAGCACAUGCUGGAAUUUGAUCAUUCAUUUUUUUAACCCUUCAAAGCCUCUCUUUCCUCCUGACCUAAUAUAUUUAUUUGGUGGGCUUUGAGGGGCUAUUCUUUAUAUGGCCAGGAGAGCCCCACACAAGAGGAUCUGAUGGAGAAGGGAAAGCCUGUCACCUCCCAACAGAAGCUCCCUUGGGUCCUGUUUCCAACUUAGUCAAUAUUUGUAGCUACUUCAAUGGCAGUACAGGAAUGCAAAUUCAUUUUCCUGGAGCAUAGUGGUCCUGGAGUCAUUUGUGUUCCUUUGCUCCCUUUAGUGGGAUGGGCUCUCAGAUUUCCUGAAGUUAGCUGGUAACCCUACCCAGCUUCGGAAGGUUGCCAACUACAGAAGAUCAUGUGGCUAAUUUCUGUGGCCUCCUGGCAGUUUCAUUAAGGUCUGUGAGUGACAUCCUAAUUAAUGGCCCCAGACAGUUGGCUAGAGUUGAAGCCGCAGCUUCCUAAAAUCACAAGCUUAGAGCUAGAAGGGAUUUUAGAGAUGAUUAGCCAACUCCCUCAUUUGACAGAUGAGAAAAGGAAGGCUCAGAGAGGUGAGGUAAUUUGCUCCAAGUCACACAGCAAGCCGGUGGGCAUGUCCUGCCCAGUGAUCCAGAUAAGUGCUCUUUACACUACUGCACAUUGCCUCUUGCCCUAAUAUAGAGGAGGGCCCUGAAAAGAAGCCAGGGUUUUAGCAAGGAUGAAUGUGAAAGAGCAUCACUCUAAAAUCACCCAACCCCGUGGGUUUAAAAGGGCAGAAUGAAGAAAAUGGGAAGCAAUUAGAGAUAUAAACAUAGAGGGGAGAAGAGACAAAAGUGAGGAAUUGAGAUCACUCAUUCAGAAGAACAUCAAAACACCAAAGCACCACACAAAAUAAUUAGAAUAAAACUUUUAUUUUUGUCCUUAAUGGAAGAGACAGAAUGGAGCCCCUGUCAAUCUUUGGGAGACCUAUGCAGCCAGUUUUCAUGGCUUUAGGGUUCUUCAGAGCCUAGUGCAGGGGGCUGCAAACCAAGGCUCAUGGGUCAAAUCUGGU